GCUGAUCGCAACCACAAGCCGCAAACAUGAACGGCACGGAGGGACCUUUCUUCUAUGUCCCUAUGCUAAACACUACUGGCAUUGUCCGGAGUCCAUAUGAAUACCCUCAGUACUAUCUUGUCAACCCAGCAGCCUAUGCUGCCCUGGGCGCCUACAUGUUCCUGCUAAUCCUUCUCGGCUUCCCCAUCAACUUCCUCACGCUGUACGUCACUCUCGAACACAAGAAGCUGCGAACCCCUCUAAACUACAUCCUGUUGAACCUUGCUGUGGCUAACCUCUUCAUGGUGUUUGGAGGAUUCACCACAACGAUGUACACCUCUAUGCAUGGUUACUUUGUCCUUGGACGGCUUGGCUGCAACGUUGAAGGAUUCUUUGCUACGCUCGGUGGUGAGAUAGGACUCUGGUCUCUGGUUAUUCUGGCUAUUGAAAGGUGGGUGGUUGUCUGCAAGCCCAUCAGCAACUUCCGCUUUGGGGAGAACCAUGCAAUCAUGGGUUUAGCCUGCACAUGGUUUAUGGCCAGUGCUUGCGCUGUGCCUCCUCUGGUCGGCUGGUCCCGUUACAUUCCUGAGGGCAUGCAGUGCUCAUGUGGAGUGGACUACUACACACGUGCAGAGGGUUUUAACAAUGAAUCCUUUGUUGUCUACAUGUUCACCUGCCACUUCAUCAUUCCCAUGAUCAUUGUGUUCUUCUGCUAUGGCCGCUUGCUCUGCGCUGUCAAGGAGGCUGCUGCUGCCCAGCAGGAGUCUGAGACCACCCAGAGGGCAGAGAGGGAAGUCACCCGCAUGGUCGUCAUCAUGGUCAUCGCCUUCUUGGUAUGUUGGGUGCCCUAUGCUAGUGUGGCCUGGUGGAUCUUCACACAUCAAGGCUCUGAGUUUGGACCAGUCUUCAUGACCAUUCCAAGCUUCUUUGCCAAGAGUUCUUCCAUCUACAACCCAAUGAUCUACAUCUGCAUGAACAAGCAGUUCCGCAACUGCAUGAUCACCACCUUGUGCUGCGGAAAGAACCCAUUCGAGGAGGAGGAGGGAGCAUCUUCUACCAAGACCGAGGCAUCCUCUGCCUCCUCAAGCUCAGUAUCUCCUGCAUAAAAGGGGCCAUCAACACAGACGAACAUCAUCCACUAUCCAAGAAGAAGACUUCUGCUCCUCAGGGAAACGACUGAAGGCUAAUGUUUACAGAAUUAACUUCCUUUUUGUACUUUUACCAACAAGCUGGUUCAACCUAAAGACAGUUGCAGAAAAAUUCAUCCCAUUACAGAGUUUUUUCUGUUUGUACUGGAUAUCCAACUUAUCUUUCCAUAAGAUGUUUCUUUUACUGAGAGCAACGGGAAAGACAUGUUAAUCCUACACAGUUGGAUAAUUUAUGAUACUGGCUUAUUUUUGAAUUUAGAGGCAUGUAAUCAAGGCUAUGUAAAAUAAAACGCACUUUGCA